CCAGCUGCCAUGUGUCGAUUUUUCCAAACUAUUAAACCUUUUUAUUAACACAAAUUUAAAAGCACAAUAUUUACCUUUUUAUUGAAGCUUUUUGCUGGAUGAAAAAUUCAUCUGCAUCGCAAUUAAUUCCUUCUGGUUACUAAAAUUCAAGCCUGUAGCCAUGCCUGUGGAGCGGAUUGAAAAACUCCCAAUUUCCAAUGUAGGUGACAGGGCCUAUUUUAGUUUGGUUUUUCCCACAUUUUGUGGUCUUGGAAAUCCAAAAUGUGGUCUUGGAAAUUCAAAAUUGUGGAAUGGGUUUUUUCAUUUUAGCUUUAUUUUUGUUAUAAAUAUGUUUUUCUGUUGAUAGAGUUUUGAAACUUUAUAACAUAACAGAACAGUACAAAACAUCCAUGAAUCGUAGCGCAAGUUCCUUGGUCCAGAUUAAUCUGUGGGCGAAAAAUGUUACAACCAAUCAGCUUUUUGCUCUCAAAUGGUAUAAAAGCCAAUCAGAGCUUGACCACUGAAUCUAGCGACAAUUACAAAAAUGGCGACCAAACAGCCACCAAGCUGCAUGAAAGUGCACUACAAACUUCGAACUGCUGCAAGCGAAAUAAUCUCAAGGCUAUAAUUAUUUCAAUAUGUUAGGGUCGUUCUAGAUUUUCAUCGUGCGCAUUUUAGAAUUACGCUCCUAAACUGGAGAUAUGACUGCAUAAAGGUAGCCUAGAUUCACCAAACUUUUACUCUGUUCAAUAAUUGCACAGGGGUUAUUGUCAUUUAUUUUCUAUAUCGAUUCUCUAUAUCAUCCUCUUACGCUAACGCAAGAAAGAGUUCAAUUAUCUGUAUGUGUCUCAAACAUGCCAAGCCUAUCAGAAUUUGACCCUAUUUCAUCUGCUUUGUUUUGGAUAAACAAAAAGCAACGACGGGAACAUUCGGUAUCGAAAGCAAAGGAGCAAGAAUGGCUCCUUGAAGUAUUUCCGGAAGCAGAUGAUGCCUUCAAAGAGAGAAGGAUCAGAAAAAUAAAAAAAGGCAAACCUGAUGUCGAUUUCUGAAACCUGGAAUAAUUGAAACUGAUCAGCUUACUCUAAGGCCCCCAAUAAAUAAAUUCCCCCAUUAUUUAUUUUUCAAAAAUCUUAUAGCUCCCUGUUCUUAUAAGAGCCCCCCGCUUUUUAAAUUUUUGGCUCAGCGUGUCGUUCAAUGUUAUAAUAAGUUUAUAUAAAUUUUAGAGCUUCUAGCAAUGUUAGCCUUUAAGUACUGUUACUGUCGGAGUCCAUAAAGAUUAGGCUAUAAUAGAAACAUAUUUGAAAUCGUGUUAUGUUGAAUAUGUUUGUUUUACACGGAUAAAGAAAAAAGCAUUCUGCGGCCACGGUCGAUAUUUUGAAAUUCCAUGCUUCACAUACAACCUUCUUUUCGUAAAGUAUGGUCUUGGAAAAUUUAAGCUAAUUAUUAAACCUUUUUAUUAGCAAAAAUUUAACCUUUUCAUUUAAGCUUUUUGCUGGAUGAAAAAUUUAUCUGCAUCGCAAUGAAUUCCUUCUGGUUACUAGAAUUCAAGCCUGUAGCCAUACCUGUGGAGCAGAGAUAAAAAACUUCCAAUUUCCAAUGUCGGUGAGGUUUUGAAGUUAGGUUUUUGAAGAGUGGGGUGGGUGGUUGGUUAGGGAAAAGAAACAGGCAAACAAGGCUGUAAAACGUUUUCAUCAAUUAAACAAUUUUCUUCUUAUAAUUUUCAUUUAAGUAAACAAAAUUCAAUUGUAAUGUCUUCCAGCAAGGUCUUAUUUUCAUAUACCAGGUAAGCAGGAUUGCAAUCCUUCUGUCUUCAUAGAACGCUGCUGAGCGGAAUAUACCAAUGCAGAAAACAAGCACUCCACACGCGUUGAAAUGAAGCCUGCAGUAACUACAAUUAUAAACACUAUAAGAAUCAGUGCACUUUCUCCAUUCUCUUGUGCAAAAAUCCGUGCAACAGUCGCUAAACCUGACUUGGCUUCCUUUCUGGCUUAUUUCACAUCUUUAAGCACCCAAGGAAAGAUUCUACACUCUGCUUUCAGAUCCGUGUAAGGAACGCUAAGAUCCUCAAACAUUUUAUUCGGAACAGGAAUUUUCUCUGCAUAUUUGUUUAUAGUUAGCAGGGUCCCGUAAAUUGAACGAACGUGGCCAAAGCGCUUCCAUAAUCUCCCCUAAAGUUGUGUUGACUGUGGGGAAAUUUUAAGCGACAUCAAUAUACCGGUCUUGUGCUUGCGUUUUUCUGGUUGGCCUAUUUCGAUCCAAAACUGGGUAUAUAUUUUUCAGCGUGUUCUUUCGGAUCUUUAUUCUGAAGUUUCAGACAAAAAAGCUUAUAGCCAAAAUGUUAUAAAAUGUUUGCUUUUUUCAAAGCCAUUUUCGACAUCAAGUUAGGUGCAUAAUCAUUAUUGUAUAUCCCUAAGCAUUGCUUUUACGGCACGGCACGGGGCACGUUUAGAAGUACGGAGCAAGUGUAAAAAGAGCGGCAUUUAAAAUCGAUGAUAUAGUUCAAUAGUUGUUGUUAGUAGUAGCAAUCCAAUUCACGACAAAACUCUUUUACAAAAGAGUAGGUUUUUAUGUAAUCAUUCGAAGUAGAAUAGCCAACACGAAGAAGAAAAGAACAUCUUUAUGUUUCGACACAAAUCGGCUUAGGACCUGAUUAUAUGGGGCAAGCUGGCCCAGUAAACGGGCUGGCUCCUCGGCAAACGGGCUGGCUCGGCAAACGGGCUGGCUCGGCAAACGGGUCAGCUCAUGGCUAUGAUCUGUUGCACGUAAAAAGUGAGCUGCUAUCACAUGGAAGUGAUGCCGAUGAUGCCGCGUCAUUUUACUUCUACAUGUACCGCCUUUUUACAUACAGUGCGCAGAACUGUAAUGCGCCGGCAAAUGCAGCCGAGCUGGCCCGCUUGCCGAGACAGCUCUUUCCACAUGGAGCUGAUUGCCCACCAACGUAAGUUUUGUCUCGGUAAACGAGCCAGCCCGCUUCCAUAAAUCUAAAUUUGACAAGAAUCACUCCAAGGUGCUCAAAUCCAAUUAGAAAUUUGCUGACUCUAAAGAAUGGCAAAAAGGGAAAGCAACAAUUGACUUGUGUCCCCAACAGCAGAUUUCAAAUAACAUGGAUGUAAUCGCAACGAAAAGCUUUUCAAGAAAUGUAAGAUAUCCUCUUUGAAGCUAAAAUAUCAAAAGUUUUGAAUUCUGACAAGGGAACGAAAAUAUCGAGCAUUUUCUUGAAAGAGGAGAAGGUCUGAACCAGUAUCAGGAUUGUAACAAAUGGAGCAUUGAUACAUUAUACAGACUUUAAACCAACCAUGUUUUGAAACAAGCAUCAACCACUUUUGCAUAUUCUUACAUGAACAGACCAUUGUUCAGAAAAACGAAAAAUUUGAUCCAAAAAAAUUGAAAGAAUUUAGCAUGGUUUACAAAAGGUGGUUGUAUGAAUAUGACAUUUUUAUUGCGAAAAAGUAACGCAGAAACAGACAUCAAACGUUUUGCAAUAUUCUGACAAUUUAUUUUAAUGAUAGUUAAUAAUAAUAAGUAAUAUUUAAACAGGACUUGUUCAGUGAAAAUCCUCUGAUAAAAAUAAGGAUAAGUAGAAUUCAAAAAAGGAGAAUUUGAUUCUAAUUAUAUAACGUUUUUUACAAAUUGAUAUAAAAAGUCCUAGAACAUGCGUGCUAAACAGACAUGAUAGAGUGCGGUACAGUUUACAAGUUUAUCAAGAGAAACAUUAUGGGGUCUUUGAUUCAUAGUAAACCAAAGGACUCAUCUCUUUAACAUAUAAUCUAACCAAAAAUGAUUAAAAACACCAGAAAAACGAGAAAAUAAGAGCAGACAAAAGGAAAAACUUUCUAUAUUUUGAAAUUCCUACUAAUUUUUUUAUAUUUUGAAAUUCCUCAACAUACAGUAUCCUAUUACAACUACAUUACAACUAUUUACAUACAAUGUUCAAACAUCACAUAAAGUAAUUAUGAUAACAAGCAAUCUUGAAAAAAAUCUUAAAAUAUUUUUACAAAACAACAUAGUAACCAAUGACGGUAUUUAAACUUAGUCUAUAGGCCUAUAAAUGUCACACUCACUCCGUAUCCUGAUAAUAUUUAGAUUUUACCACAGCAGAUGUUUUUCUUAUAACUGUGUAAUUUCUUACGUUAAUAUUGUAACUUUAAGCAUUUCGAAAUCCUCAAUAAAUUUUAAAAAAAUUUGAUUCCUGGUUUAGCAUGAUUUUGUUUAUUUUUGAGGGGAAUGUUUCAGCGUAAUGCUAUAAGUUUUAAAACUUGAAUUAUUUUGGAUGCCAUUUUGAUUAGGGUGUUGCAAUACUUUUGCCCUGGUAGUGUAGAUGGUAUUUUUCUGUGGAAGUCUCAAAACAACUUACAGAAGAUCUUCUAAAAUACACUGAAAUAAAAAGUUUAGAAGUUGGCAAGAACUGAUAGCUGAUGACACCUACUAAUUUAAAAAGUUGACGAUAUUGUGUGCUGAGCUGAACCCCCCUUGUUAAUUCCAAAGAUUAGCAAGCUUCUACUUUUGCUAUUGCUUUCGCAACAUUUUGCGAAAUUAGGUCAAGCCCAAGGUCUCUCAGAAAUACAGUUUCUUUAAAAAACUGAAUAACUUAUCAAAUGAGCUUAUUUUCAAAACAGAAAGAAUAAAUAGAGCCUAACAUUUUCCUCUAAAUGAUCUUUAUGAGCUACUAAGAACAUAUUUACAUUAUUCUUUGCCUGAUGAUACGAUGUGCUAGAAAAUUUUAGAUAAUUUCUGCAGGAUUCCACAGCUUCCUCGCUCCUACAGUAUACAGCAAAGGAUUAACCACAUUUGCUUUCAAGGCGAUUAUCCUAAUAAUUUUGUCCCGUAAGUGUAGAGAGGCUUCUAGCUGCUUAAAAGAAUAAAAUAGAAUAAUUUAUUUUUUCCCAAAGAGCUUAAUCAGUCCUCGACCAAAACAAAAGAAAAACAAUUUUAAAUCUAUUUCAUUUUAAUGAAAACGAUAUAUUGGAUUUAAGCUGCCAUUUUGUCAUCAAGCAGCUGCUUCUUGGCAACACGUAUGACGGUUCGGCUCACAAUGAGCUAAGAUUAAAUCUAGUCAAGGCCAUAGCAUCAGUCGCAAAUAACGUUUAAAGCUGUACAGCAGUAGAAACUGUAAACCAAAAACAUCAAUACAAAUGACCGAUGUAACUGCUUAAGCAAAACAUUGCAGAAACCAACCUCAAAUAUUAAGAUUUCUUUAUUACCUUGUUUAUUGUUUUCUUAUUGUAAAAAGAUAUCCACAAUAAUCUAUCCUAUAAAAGAAGAUUUGCCUUUACAAGCAAAAGAAAAACAAUUUAUGUGUGAGUUGUUUGGAGUUUUCCUUUUUGCUAAAUUCUUACUAUCCUUAUAAUUUAUUAUUUUCGCGAACUAGAUGUUUGUUACUUAUGCAAACAAAUUCAAAACGUACUCCUGCUUACUCUAUAAUUUAACCAAAAGUCUAGCCGAUUUGAUUUAACACUCCGUUAAAAACCCAACAGACGCAACCACCAUGUCUCAUUCAAGAAAAGGUUUUUUUUUGUUUCUUUUUUGUUCUCUUUUCGGUCGUGAAUUCAAGGUUUAAAUCUUGAUUUUAAUCAGUGGAAGAUUUGUUAUAUGAAGCGUACAAUACAAAAAUUGUUCAGUGCCUCCACUAUCAACUGUCCCUCUUCAAAUUUGUUCUGGGUCCGCUACUAAUCUUAAUUUUGUGUCCAAAUGGUCUAGGGUUGGUCAUAUCCUUCUACUCCCCGGAGUAACGUCUCAAUAGCAUAGUUGUAUAGUAAUUUCUUAAAGUAUCUUGUAACUCUGUAUUUUAAUCUUUUAGUGGAUAUACAAACAAUUAUUAUUUGGAAAAAUAUUAAGCACAUUCUUCUCGCAGAAUUUCCAAGAUGCUAAGCGCCAUCAAAGAGCAAACUUGCUCACAAUAGUUGAAAGUCUAGCAAAUAAUAUCGGUACGAAAUGUUUCGAUAAAUAUUCUUGUUUAUUGGUUGUAUUUAUCGUUGUUUAUGGCAGUUGAAUUGCCCCUCCCUCACCGAGUUGAAGCAAGUCUGGCGCCUUUUUUUUUGGAAAUUGUGCGCCUCUUUGGAAAAAUGAGUAUCAGGUGAAAAAGUUUCUGAGACUUAUAGGUUAAAUAAACCUGUCAAAAGAUAAAAUAUUACGAAAAUUACGUCAUCAAACGAGUACAAAAUAUUGACCUUGUUUUUUCUUGCUUAUUUCUCAUUGUUUUGACAAGUGCUAAAUCUCAGAAUGGCUUUUUCAAUUAAAAAAUGUUUUUUGCUUGGUGCAAAAUGCCGCCACACUCAUAUUUUGUUUCUUUUGGAAAACUCGGUAGUGAUUAUUAAUCACUACCGAGUUUUCCAAAAUCACUGAUUAACGAAGCUAGGAUGUCAAGUAGACGCAUUUACUAGGCUAUAGAAACCGAAUUAAGGCAGCUAACAACUGAUUAGAUACCACUCACAUUAAUGCAAGGUUGGGGUAAAUAAUUAACAAAAGCGUACACAAGAAGGAAGCCAAAAGUGGACUGUAAUCUUCAAGUGCACCGUAAGCAUCAACAAAGUAAUCCUGAGCCAUUUUGAGUUUAGUAUUUAGCAAAACAUUUAGAAGUAAGCGAGAAAAGACAUGGUAAAGACCCUGUACUCGUUCGAUGAUGUAAUUUCGCAAUAAUUUAAGAAGUCAUAUCUUUUGACAGGUUUGUUUUCCAAGGGAUUGUUUCUUGUGAUUGUCUCAUCAUUUAUGAAUGUUCUUUUGAACCAUAUCAUUGGUUUUAAAAUUAGAUGAUGAAAAAAUUUUCGAUGACCAGGGACAAUAUAAUGAUUGAUCACGUGACUACCAGUCCCCUGAUUUUAGGGCACCUGAGGGAUUUUGAGUCAAAGACCCACCAGGAUUACAUAUCAAAACAAAAAAUUAUUGUUACCUUGUUUGCUAGACUGCUGACGAAAUUUCCUGUUUAUCAUUGCAUUGCUGCCAAAAGGCAAUUUCCCCCCCCCCUCUCUGCCUCCAAACAGGGGCAGAAAUUUUCCCGCAUGCGCGGCGUUAUUCUUCACCUCAUCGGGAUUACCGAUUAACGAAACAUUGCGCCAUGGGAAGCAAACAUAGGACAAAAGCCAACCAAUCAAUUUCAAACAUUGUUCAAAGGACGGCAUUGACGGACGGUAAAUAAUCCCAGGAGGAAACAUUUUUAUUUAUUUAUCGAAUCUUUUUUAUCCCCAGCUCGUCUUCUUCAAUGACAAGGGAAAAGAGCAAGAAUCGGUAUCAUUUUCCUCCAUCUGUUUCAACCAGCUGAUUACUCAACUGCGUAGAGGUCUGAACCAGUUAAGAUAAAUCUGUUGGUACAAUGGGAGCAAAUCAAUCAAAUUUGAUCCCAAUGCCUGAUGGCUUUGACUACAUGGCCAUCACUUUUAGAUACCCAGAUCGCAUAAUUGCUAUAUAUCCAACCUAUGGAGAAGUGUCUGGAAUUAGAGAAACAAUUAUGCAUCAUUGGCCAAAUGGAAUACAACAAGAAAUAAAUGUGCUUGCUAGUGCACAUGAAUUCAAACUCAAGGGUAAUGCCUUUUGUGAUUAUACAUGUCUUCAGGAAGCAAUCAACUUACGGAAACUCUGUUGUCAACUGCUGUUUAGAUUAUAUAAUUCUGGUUGCAAGUUGUUAAUUUCAAGUAACCUAGCACAAAAAACAGACCUGACAACAUGGAUAUUUCAUAGAGAGCAGACACAGCAACCCCAGUUUCAUUUUGCUGCCAUUGGGGUAAGCAGCACUGACAAGUUGCAGUUUGUAGAUUUUCCUGUCUCUAUGCAUCAGAUGUUUCGUGAUGUUGUUCAGAGGAACUGGAAAAAGACCAUUAAGGAUGUAUUAGCUAUAGGUGAUGCACUUGAAAUAAAGUUGAGUGGAAACCCUUGGAUGUCUGAAGGUGGAUUUGUAAAUGCUCAGUCUAAGACACUUAUCAAGGCUCUUAUUAAUGAGCUUGAUGCACAACGGUGGGUUCUUUAUGCCAGCAGCAAUUUGAAGGGAACAGCAGAUACAUUGUUUUUCAGAUAUGAUCCAAACCUACAGAUGGAUGGCUCAAGAAGACAUAUAUUCGCUAUAUUCUUUGGGGGUGAUGAUCGUCUGCGGUUAGUGGAUAGCCCACAGGUUGUAGCCAACUGUAUAAAAACAAUGUUGAUUCAAUUCUGGGAGGGUGGAAUUCAGGCAGAGAAGUGUCAUUUCAAUGCUUAUGAAUUCAAACUUGCUGGUUAUCCUUGGUGGUCAGAUGGCACAGAGGCAAUAUACCCAAGGUUACUUAUGUGCAAGAUAUUUGAAGCAUUGAUGAGGAUCGGCUGGAGGGUACAAAUGGCAAUGGACCUUUCGAGAGUAGUUGAUGACAAGAGUGUGAUUACAUUUCAAGCUGGGCCUCCAGUUGCGGCUCCCAUAUUUUGCCUUUCACUAAGUUACACUGACAGGAUACGUAUCAUAAAUGCCCCAGUAGCUGUUGAACAGGCCAUAAGUAAUGAGAUAAGAAGGGUCUGGUUGUUUGGCAUCCAAUUUGAACAGGCAAAUGGCCCCAGCAUGGAGUUACAACUGAAGGGAAACCCAUGGAGUAAUUGCAAUAAUGGUCAUGAUGGUGCACAUGGGCGUGUUCUGUUGCUUCACUUGUUAAAACUAUGUGCCAGUUUAGGUUGGUUUGUCAUUGUUUCAGCUAAUGUAUCUGCUAAGUAUCGUAGGAACAAACGAGAUCUUAGUAGUAAAAAAUACCCCCUUGAUGUCCACAGCUGGUGGUUCAUAGGAUUGGGAAGACAAGCAACUGCACCUCUACAGAUUCAAGCUUUUGCACAGUAGCCCAAGAGAAAAGGAGACACUAUGGAUAAGGAACUCCUAUUGGUUUUUAAAAUUCCUUAAAUGUUUAUUUUCAACUUAUCAAAAUUUAAAUUUACACUGACAAGGUAUGGGUUUUGUUUUAAUAUUUUUAUUGCUUAAUAUCUAGUUAUUAUCAACUUGUUAAAAUGCUUAUGACAGCAGUUUUCAAGAUGCUUACAGAAAAUCAAAAUAAA